UGUUUUCCUGGCAUCUAAACGUGUACGUGGUGGAAAGAAAUUAUGUCGGAUAAGAAGAAAGUUCAGACAGCUAUGCCCCGCCCGGCUAGAGGUAUUCCUCGGCCCACCAGAGGCCUUCCCCGGCCCACAACUCAGACUGGCGCCGGCCGUGGUACAGGAGUGAAAAUCGCCUUCGGUCGACGGAUACUGAGCAGUAAGACAAAACCACGACAAGAUGGAGAAGAAACUGAAGCUGGAACUGAUACAAGUACUAAAGACCUGGCUACACCCAGGCCCUCACAGAUCCAGAAACCUGCAGGUUCCCACAAAACAUUGGCGAUGACUGUAACCAAGGACAAGACAGUGAAGCGUCUCCGCAGUAGUGGCAGCUCCUCUAAAGAGGAUUCUCCUGCAGCAGUUCAUGGGGCCAAAAAGGCGAACAUAGAGGAGGACAAACUGACUGGAACAAUCACCAAGAACAGCUACAAACUGAGAUCAAAAACUAAAAACCAGCACUUGAAUGGGAUCUGCACUACAAACUUCAACCCAAAGGCAACCUUGACCUUCACUGAGUUUGGUGGCCUUACAGGCAAGAAAAGCAUCCCUAAGCAGACAGCAGGGUUAGAAAAGGAAAAUGUUGUUCUCAGAGAGCAGCUGAAAGCUACCAAGGAGGAGCUGAGGGUGGCCAGGGUGGAGUUGGAGGCAGCCAAAGCAAGUCAUGAGAAAGCCAUAGAUGCUGGAAAGUUAGAAGCAGAAAACCAGCAGUUGAAAAGGAGUCUGGAAAUGUGUGAGAAGAAACUCAUCUCAUUGGACAUUAACCCAGUAUCCUUGAACACUUGGUUUGACUUGAAAGAAGCAAGGGACAAGCAACGGAGGGAUACAACAGCUCGGGCCUGGGCUAUGCUAGAGAAGUGGAAGCAUGAUAAUGAGCAGAUGUUGGAAACAAACAAGACGUUACUGGAGCUGAAAGAAAACUUGCAGAAGAUGGGCUAGACCAGGCCUGAAGACAGGACAGAACAGAGGGACAGAAAAGCUUAAAGAACAGAAUUAUUAACAAAACUAUCAAUAGACACAACACAUUUUGCUUGAAGUGCAGGCAUAUUUAAUUCCCAUUCACACAGAGCAUUCCCAUAAUAAAAUGGACAAUGAGCUAGAAUUCUAUGUUGUGAUGUUCUAGGUAUCAAAUAUAAUGUACAUGUGAUAGAAUGGGAGUGGUAAUUGUUCCAAAAAUUUAAUUUGUACACAUUGUUUCACAGUUAUUAUAAAAAUGUAUCAAUCACUUAGUGUGACGUCUACAUGUGAGGCUGCAUAGCAUGGCCAAACAUAUAUUUGGAAGUAACCUGAGGCCUCUCAAGUGUAUAAAAACCUAUCAGAUUUCUAAAA